AUGGCGGGAUCUCAAGCGUCACAUCCUCAUCCCUACGUUCCGCGAGACUUGCAUCUUCCUGGCUACGUUCCUUGCUUCCUUUCUCAAUCCAACAUUCUCACCGUCUUUGCCUCCUUCACUCUCAUCCUCUUUUCCCUCACAUGGAUCUUCUCAGGACGACUCAAGAAAACAAAAGUCGACAGGCUGCUAAUUUUCUGGUGGGCAUUCACCGGCCUCACACACUUGGUUCUUGAGGGUUAUUUUGUCUUCGCACCAGAGUUUUUCAAGGAUAACACUGGUUUCUACCUUGCUGAAGUUUGGAAGGAAUAUAGCAAAGGAGAUUCAAGGUAUGCAGGAAGGGAUGCAGCAGUAGUAACUGUUGAAGGACUAACAGCAGUUUUGGAGGGUCCAGCCAGUCUACUGGCCGUAUAUGCGAUAACGACCGGCAAAUCAUACAGCUACAUACUUCAAUUUGCCGUUUCUUUGGGUCAGCUAUAUGGAACUGCUGUAUAUUACAUAACAGCGAUUUUGGAAGGCGAUAAUUUUUCUACAAAUUCAUUUUACUACUACGCGUACUACAUUGGAGCAAAUUUCUCUUGGAUUGUAAUACCCUCGAUCAUCUCCAUCCGCUGCUGGAGGAAGAUUUCUGCUGCGUUUCAAGUUCAAAGCCAGACAAAAAAGCAUAAAACUCGUUGA